AAUGUAUACUGUAUGGGGUCUGCGUUGCAAACAAAUUAUAAUUCCCUUUUGCUCUGCAAGGGUAUAAAAAGCUUUACAGAAAAUGUAAUUGUUUUACAAUUAUAUUUAAUGAUCUCAUGGGAAAAGGGGAGUUGAUAAAGAAUGUUUUUAUGAUAUAAUAUGUUUAUUAAAUGGUUAGUUCCACUCACGUGUCAUCGUCAGCCUUUAGAAACCAGUCGUAGUUCUGGAAGUGGUGCUUGUAGACGUACUGCAGCGAUGCUCUGAUCUUGGGCCACAGAUUCGAGUAGCCCUCCCUGACUUUCAAGGCCACGGCUCCCAGUUGCUUGUCCGCCUUGGUGCUCAUGAAGAUCAGCUUGUUGCAGCGCGUUCCCCAGGUUCUCUGGAUGUGGAUGGCGCGACUUUGCAGCGAGGCAUUGGAGCAGCUGGCCACCAGGAACUGCCUGCAGGAUGAAAUCUUCCUCAGGGAGUGCCUCAAAAGGAUGAAAAGGGUUGCCAGCGAAGGACUUCAGCCAUUUGAAGUAUCGGAAAUGGUAAUUCCCUUCACUUUGCGACUUAACUUCUGGCUUUGGCCCUGCGCAUUCCAAGCUGUCUAUAAAAACCAGAGCUGGAAAAGCUGUUUCGGUGGAGCAAUCCUGUAUCCAUAUUGCCGUGACGUGCAAAUGCAUGUGCUGGAGUUCCUACUCUAUCACCUCCGACCCUUUGGCCAUGUGAAUCCCCUGCCAGAACUCAGAUCUCCCACUCUUCCCACGACAAUAACCCACCGACCAUUAAACGAUCGCCUGGCCAGGCUUAUGUUCCGAUCGGUGAGGAUAAUCUGCAUGGUGUUGACCUGGCCCAAAAACUACAUGAGUGGCGUGAGGGCAAUCAGCCAAACCUGGGGAACCCACUGCAAUCGAGUGGUGUUCUACGGCAGCUCCUCCGAAACCACUCCAUCUGGAGUGGAGAUUGUGGGCCUGAACAUCAGCGACUCUCGCAGCAAUCUUUGGGGCAAGACCAAGGCCGCUUUUGGCCAUGCCUACAGGAAUUAUGGCCACGAGGCGGAGUGGUUCUUCAAGGCGGAUGACGAUACCUACGCUGUGAUGGAGAAUAUGCGGCAGUUGCUUCAUUCCCAUUCCCCUGAAACUCCGAUUUACUUUGGCUCGGCAUUCAAGUUGGCUUCCCGGGUUUACAUGUCCGGUGGAGCUGGCUAUGUGCUCAGCAAAAGGGCAGUGGAGCUGUUGGUCAGAGGAGCAGCUAAGAAGUGCCAACCAGGCGAUCGAGGAACCGAAGACUUCGAGAUGGGCAAGUGCCUACGCAUACUGAAGGUCAAAGCCGGCGACUCCCGAGAUCUUUACGGUCGACAUCGCUUUUUUUCGCUUUCCCUGGAACACUUUCUAAUACCAAGUCGUGACGGAGAGGACUUUUGGCUGGGCAAAUAUCUCUUCCACUCGGCUGGAACGGGAAUCGAAUGCUGCUCCACAUAUUCGAUUUCAAUGCACAACGUCUCGCCCUACGAAAUGCACUUUCUGGAAACCUUUUUGUAUAAAUCCCGACCCUUCGGAGUAAUCGCUAAUCAUCCUCCCUUAAAGGUUUCAAGAAAAAAGAGAUUAUGGAGAGAGCAGUAUGGUUUAUAGAUAGAUUUUAACAAUUAUGUUUUAUAAUAUACAUGAUUUAAUUGAUAACGUUUCUAAGAAAAAUGGCAUUACUCUUUGGCAUUUUAUAUUGCAGUCAAUAGAACCUUAAUAAUUAAUUAAAGCAAGAUUACGUCUUGAACUUCGGCUUA